AUGGCGAUUGAUCUCGUCACCCCCGAGGCCACCAAGCCGUUCCUGCCUAGUAGCAGUCCAAUACUUCCAGGACCCCUUCCGUACCGAGGACGAAGCCCUAAACGAAACCGCCCAGACUACACAUCGAACAUAUACCACAACCUGGCGGACGAACUAGAUAAACCUAGCCCAAUUGACAUCGAGCAAUAUACCGAAAGCGUUCUUACGAAAGAAAUAGACCGCCUUCAGACGCGUACCGAAGUCCUGAGAACCUUUGCGACCGUGAUUAACGACUGCGCCAAACAAUACACCAAAGGCUACGCUCUGCAAAUCGCACGGGAUUUUUCCAAAUCCCUCCUAAGCCAAUGGGAUAACUUUGUGCGUCAACAACCCGGUGAACAAAAGGGCACAUACCCUAAUGACAACAUAGCGGUGAAGCUUCAUAAAGCCGCUGCGAAUAUCUCGAACCCCGGCCUCGAUCCCCGCCCCGCUCCGGCCGGCGGCUGGGCUGCCCGUGCCGCUGCCGCUGACGGAAAACGGCCCGGCGAUAUCGAAGUCCGCAAGGCCGCUCGUACUAAUAAUACACCCCGAACACAGCCCGCUAAACUCGAUAAGCGUAUCCUUCUCCGUAUUAAACAUCGUUCUGAACUCUUCAAUAAACACGGCUACCAAAUCCGCCUUGCGCUCGCACAGGCUGCACCUAUCGAUCCCAAGGACAUCCAAGACAUCAAACCAACGAACGCCUGCUGGGCCCUCAGUGCGCGGACUCUCAGAGCCCAAGAGACUCUCCUCUCUACCCAGGGGAGCUGGGGACUAAAGUUUGACUUGAUUAUUGCUGAAAAGAAUGUGCAAUGGCACACCUACCUGGUUAAAGACUUCCCUCGCACACUGACAGAUUGGGAAGGCGCCCCCCUCGACUUUAACCAAGUAGUCUCUGAUGAGAUCCAGCGUUAA